AUGAACCAUUUGAUGUUACAGACCGAUGGAACGACACAGCUUCGAACUGCUGUUUCUGGUUGUCAACACAGUGUUUUUUUAGAUUGUUAUGACCCUUUGGAUCCCAAUGGAAACAUUACAGUUACUUUCGAUAUCCAUGAUUGGAGAAGUGAUGGAUAUGCGGCAAGGGUAACUAUACAAAAUUUCUAUCAGUAUCGCCAUGUUGAUAGACCAGGUUGGAAUAUAGGGUGGUUAUGGACCAAAGAGGAGAUCAUCUGGUCAAUGUUUGGUGCAUUUGCCACUAAGCAAGGGGAUUGCUCAUCAGUGAAGUACCGAGGCGCUCACUCUUGCAUGCCAAACCCUGUCAUUGUUGAUCUCAUGCCAGACGCUCCACCAGUGAACAUGUCCGAGAAUUGCUGCCGUGGUGGCCUUAUUUCUGCCCGGGCCAUUGAUCCUCUGAGGUCAUUCUCCUCCUUUGAAAUGACAGUUGUCAACUUGGAUGGGAAUUCUACUGUCUAUCCACCUGCAAAUCUUACAUUAUGGGCACCAGGUCCUGGUUACACUUGUGGUCCGGUAGUGGAGACGACACCCACAGUCUCUUCAGAUUUUGGGGGUAGAAGACAAGUUCAGGUUUACAAAACAUGGAAAUCAACAUGCACUUACUCAACUUUUUUGGCUAACAAAACACCUGGUUGUUGUGUCUCGCUUUCGACAUUCUAUAACCCUCAGGUCACAGCAUGCCCUGACUGCAGCUGUGGAUGCAGAGAUGCAGACAAAAGUACUGUUUCAUGCGUAAGUGAAGUUGAUUCCUUCCCAUUAUCAGAUGUGGAGAAGGCAGACAUAGUGCAAUGCACUGAUCAUAUGUGCCCAGUCAGAGUUCAUUGGCAUGUGAAGAACAAUUAUAUGGACCACUGGAGAGUGAAAAUGACAAUCUCUAACUACAACUACAAGAAAAAUUACUUAGACUGGAAUGUGUUGGUACAGCAUCCUGGUUUCAAGCAGAAUUCAACUACAUUUAGUUUCAACAGCACGCUGCUCCCCGCUGCUGGGUUUGCAGAUGAGGUUGCCCUGUUCUGGGGUUUGCAGGCUUACAAUAAUGAACUCCCGCAAGCUGAUCAGCGGCAACUGGGCUCGGUAUCGACAGAGAUACUCUUCGAAAAAGACUCAGGCAUGUUCACAUUAAGAAAUGGAUGGGCCUUACCUCGAAGAAUAUAUUUCAGCGGCGAGGAGUGCGCAAUGCCACUUCCAGACACUUUCCCAGCGCUACCAAACGGUAGCUCCUGCACAAAGACCCCUCGUUAUCUUUUCCUCCUACUCCUAACCUAUUUGACUUUCAAAUCACUAGCUAGUUUUCUUUGA